CUUUUGUUUUGCAUUAAACUUUCGUCCCAUUUGAAUUAUUCGUUAACUUGGCUCGAUUUAUCGUCCCACUGCAACCUUUGGAAGAUUCAGAGGAUGUCUGGCCAAAAAAAAGAUAUCUUUAUUUUCUCUAAUCAAGACCAUCACAGUAAAGUAAUAAAGCCCACACAGACACUGUCCUCUCGAUCUACUUCUCGACCAACCUUGCGAUCCACUUCUCGAUCAAACUCUCAAUCAAGCUCGUCCUCAAAUUCCAAUUCCAAUUCCAACUCGCCUUUUGUUCCUGCUUCUCCUGCCUGUGCUUCAUUCUCCUCUGACGCCUGUUAUCCAUCAUCUCUCUUUAUAUCUAAAAAUCUUAACAAUCGGCCUGUAUUCAAGAAAAAGAAAACAAAAACAUUUUCUGGUUGCUGGACUUGUAGAGAAAGAGGUAUUAAAUGCGACGAAAACAAACCCUUUUGUAAGAUUUGCUUAAACCAUGGCUUGAAAUGUGAGGGUUAUACAAUUCGAUUGUGCUGGAAUCAUAAAAAUAGCGAUAACCUAAGAAGAUUCAAAUUGUAUAACAAUUCAAAUUUGAUACUCGAAGAUAAAAGAAUUGAUAAUAUUUUACUCAAAAUUGACAAUCUUAAUAAAAAUGAUUUGAAAAAUUUAAAUCAUAAUAAUCAAUUUACCAAUUCUUCCUUUUCCGUUUUCCUUUUAAAUAACAAUAACAAUAACAAUAAUAAUAAUAAUAAUAAUAAUAAUAAUAAUAAUCAUAAACAUAACCAUAACCAUAAUAAUACAAUUGGUACUAUUAACAAAAUUAACAAUAUUAACAAUAUUAACAAUAUUGAUACUAAUGAUUUUUAUAUCAAUUAUUCCUCUGUAACUGAUCAAAACAAUAUCUCUACUAAAAAAAAAAGUAAUAUUCAUAUUGAAAAGCUAGUUGACUAUUAUUAUGACAAUAUAUCUGCUUACUUCAAUCCAAUAUCAGCUAAUGUUAAUUUAUAUAAAUUAAUUCUUAAAAAUUUAUUAUCAAUUAAUAAUAAUAAUAAUAAUAAUAAUCCCAGUAAUAAAAUUCUACUUUACAACUCCUUGUCUUCAUCUUCUUACUUAUUUCUUUCUGUUUUUAAUUAUCAUAAAAAUAAUAAAAAAAAUUAUCAAGAUUAUUUGAUAAAUUCUCACAAUAACAAAUUGUUGGCAAUCAACUAUAUAAUAGAUUACAUCAAUAAUAACAUCACCACAAAUAACGAUAAUAAUAAUAAUAAUAAUAAUAAUAAUAAUAAUAAUAAUAAUAAUCAAAAUCAAAACCAAAAUCAAAACCACAAUAAUUCAAUUCCAAUUAUUGAUUUAUUAACCAUUUUUUUCUCUUUAAUCAAUUUUUUAAUUGUUGAUAUUCUAAUUUCUCCGAAUCUUAAUCAAUCAUUUAUAAAAACUUUUGAUUCAAGCGUUGGUGAUAAUUUGAACGAUUAUUCAAGUGUUUCCUUAGUUGAUACUUUAGAAACAAAUUCAACAAUGAAUUAUGAUUGGAAAUUUCUUUUAAAUUUGGGUUUAAAACUAUUGAGUUUAAUCAACUAUGACAAUUAUGACAGUUCUGGUAAUUUUAUUAGAACUAAUGAUACAAGUGGUUCACAAAAAUUUAAUCAGUUAAGUUAUUUAGACAACUUGUUAAGAUAUCUAAUCUUUAUUGGACUAUCAAUUGACAAGCAUUUAUUUAUUGAUAACGACGAUGAAAAUGAAAAUGAAAAUGAUGAUGAUGAACAUCAAAUAUUCUUAGAUUUAUUGGAUUAUGAUUCUUUUGAUGACGAUAAUAAUGAUGAUAAUAAUGAUGAUAAUAAUGAUGAUAAUAAUGAUGAUGAUAAUAAUGAUGAUGAUAAUAAUGAUGAUAAUAAUGAUGAUGAUAAUAACGACAAUGAUGAUAAGGACGAUUCCUCACUUUUCAUUACUAAUAAUGAUGAUAGUACUAAAUUUUUCAAUGCUAAGAAAAAUAAGAGUCUUGUUUCAAACUAUUGUGAUCAGUCUAAUGUGCUUGACAGUAAUAAACAGUAUAAUGAUUAUUUAAAUAAUAGAAUCACUUAUAGUAACGAUAAAAUACUUGAUAAUUUAAAUAAGUCGAUGGACAGUGAAUGCAACAAUUAUAAUGAUAAAGGUUCUGAAAUAAAACACGGAAAUUUUAGCGAUGUUAAUGAUGUUAAUGAUGUUUUUCCUUUAUUAAAUUAUUCCAUCACCGAAAAAUCAUUUAAAAUUUUUAAAAAUUUAAUUUUAACUUCAUUAAAUUAUACGAGCAUUAAACUAUUAAAUUUCAACGUUAGAUUAAAAGUUUUUGAAAUGGAAACCCAAUUAUAUGAUGAAUAUGAUUUGAUUUAUUUUCUAAUUUUGCAUAAAGACAGCAAAAAUAUUAAAAAAAUUAAUAAUAAUGCUAACUACAAUAACAACUUGAACAGUUUUAAAGGCUACAAAUUCGGCGAUGGCAGGAAGAGGAAUACCAAUAAUAUAUGUAAUGAUAACAAAACUUAUAAGAAUAAGUUUAAAUUUAAAAAGAAACUAACUCAUAAAAACUUCAAUUACAUAAUUGAAUCGGAAAAGAAAAAUCUACUGUUUUUUUUGUCAUAUAUUUUUUACACGUCAAUUUACAUUUUUUUUUUGAGAGAGUUUUACAGUGAUGAACAUAAUCAAGAGUCAAUCAAUUUGAUGGUGAAAGACUGUUUGGAUUAUUUUGAUGAGGUGGAGGCAUGUAUUUACUCCAAAAACAACUGCUUGAUGGGGAAUUUAUGGGCUGUUUUAAUCAUUGGUUCUGAAAUCAACAAUGCUUGGGCCCAGACAAAGUACCUUAGGUUUUUGAACAAGUUGAAAGCACUUCGAAUCCACAGCAUUGACAGUCCAGGGGACUAUAUAGCUGCCAGCAACUCUGGUGUGGAAAAGCUCAUUGGCUUGUUGAAGGAGAUCUGGAGACGAAAGAAAGCCAACAGGCCUCCGGAUGAGGUGCGCUGGAGCAGAGUGAGAAAGGACAUGAAGCUCGACUUGUUUCUCUGCUAGCAUUACCAGCAUUGCCAACGUCGUCAACGUCGCCAGCGUUGCCAAAAUCUGGGGAACAUCAGCCGGAGCCAGUGCUGCGGAUACAGAUGUCACCCUGCAUGUAAUGCGUCUGCAUGCUGCUAGGAGCGAUAUAGAGCCCUGGGCUGUAGCCCUAUUGUUCCAUCGCGGUGGUGCGCAGCUUCCGGUGGCAAACUGUUAUUUUGGCUUGUGAUUUGCUGGGCGGAAGCUGAGGACUCUCAGAGCUCCCUAAGAGGAUAUUCUCAAGAAGAUAUAAUCAUCCACUUUUGUU